UUGUGCAUUCUGGGAAAAAGUCAAGAUGGCGGCACCCAUCUUGAAAUGGAAGCGGGUAAAUAAUACAACAGGACAAGCUCCUAGACCUCGACAUGGACAUCGUGCUGUCGCAAUCAAAGAUCUAAUGAUUGUAUUUGGUGGCGGUAAUGAAGGAAUCGUGGAUGAACUUCAUGUUUUUAACACAACUAGCAACCAAUGGUUUUCACCACCUGUUAAAGGAGAUGUACCUCCUGGCUGUGCCGCAUAUGGAUUUGUGUGUGAUGGCACAAGACUGCUUGUGUUUGGUGGCAUGGUUGAAUAUGGAAAAUAUUCAAAUGAACUUUAUGAACUUGCUGCAAGUAAAUGGGAAUGGAAAAGACUGAAACCUCGAUCACCUAAAAACCAGCCUCCUCCAUGCCCGAGACUUGGGCACAGUUUUACUCUCAUUGGGAAUAAGGUUUAUCUUUUUGGUGGUCUGGCUAAUGACAGCGAUGAUCCCAAAAAUAACAUCCCAAGAUAUUUAAAUGAUUUGUAUACAUUGGAAUUGCGUGGCAAUGCAAUGAUGUGGGAUAUCCCUCAUUAUAAUGGGCAACCACCACCUCCACGAGAAUCUCACACUGCAGUUGCAUAUGGGAAAAAUGAAAAGCAUUCUCGCCUGAUUGUGUAUGGAGGAAUGAGUGGAUGCCGGCUUGGGGAUUUGUGGCAGUUAGAUAUUGAAACUAUGACUUGGUCUAAACCAGUUGUCCAAGGACUCUCACCAUUACCUAGAAGUUUACACUCUGCCACAUUGAUUGGAUAUCGAAUGUUAGUUUUUGGUGGAUGGGUUCCACUAGUUAUGGAUGACAAUAAAGCUGCAACACAUGAAAAAGAGUGGAAAUGCACUAAUACAUUAGCCUCUCUUAAUUUAGAAACAAUGACUUGGGAACCUCUUGCCAUGGAUGGUUUUGAGGAUGCUGUUCCUCGAGCUCGUGCCGGUCAUUGUUCAGUUGCCAUUAAUAAUAGAUUAUAUAUCUGGAGUGGAAGAGAUGGUUACCGGAAAGCAUGGAAUAACCAGGUUUGUUGUAAAGACUUAUGGUUCUUAGAGACUGAUAAACCCCCAGCACCAUGUAGAGUUCAGUUAAUUCGAGCAUCUACAAAUUCAUUAGAAGUUCAUUGGACUCCUCUGCCAACAGCUGAUUCAUAUGUUCUUCAAAUUCAAAAAUAUGAUAUGCCUCCAAGUUCACCACAAAUGACAGGCGCUAGUGCUCAGCCACAGGUGCCUGCCUCACCAGUAGUUUCUUCAGCUCCAGCUCCAGUUCAACCACAAAGUGUUCCUUCCACAUUCUCAUCUCAGAGUUUAAUAAAUCCAUCAGUUGCAAAAGUUGAACCUACAACAGCUGUUCAACCUCCAGCUCAAACUCAAACCCUUGUUCGACUGUCAAUGAAUCCCGUGAACACAGUGACAUCAGCAGGAAAACCUGGAACUGUCACCGUUGUUCAUUCUAGAAAUCAAACUACUGUACCUGCCCAACAGAUUAGAGUUGUCUCUCAAACUCCUACAGGAACUCAUGUAGUUCGUCCUUUGUCCACUAAUGUGGCAUCUGCACCUUCCACUACACCUGCUACUACCAUGAGUGGUAUGGCAGCAUUAGCUGCUGCUGCAGCAGCAACUCAGAAAAUCACUACCAGUGUGACUUCUAGUGUUAGUAGUAUUCGAGUUGUUACUCCUUCUUCUCUGAUUGGUUCCCAAGGAAUUAAACUUGGCUCCGUUACAGGUGUAAGUGGCCAAACUGUGAGAAUGAGUGCUCCUACUACCUUAUUGAAAACACCUGGACAAAUAACCACCCAAGGUGGGAAACAAAUUAUUGUUCAUAAGGCCCCAGGAGGAGCUAAUCAGCCACAAAUCGUGACACUUGUGAAAACAAGUCAAGGUGUCACAGUUGCAACAGUCCCAAAAAUGAGUAUUGUUCAGAGUAAGAAUGCUGCUCUUCAAGCCCAACAGGGCAAAGGUGGCAUUCCUCAAGGAGCAACUAUUGUGAAAUUAGUCACAACUCAAGCCAACUCUGCAGGAGGAAAACCAGCCGGCAGUGUUAUCACACCUUUAUCAAAUGCAAAUCAACCAACUGUUCUUGGACUACAGUCUGUUUCACCUCAAAAUGUGUUACAGCCCAAAGUUAUGACUACAAUUUUGAGGACUUUACCAACUAAUAUAAUAAAUGUUGCUAAGCCAUCAGCAGCUGGUUCAUCUGGUACCAGUACCGUUUCAACAUCUUCUUCUUCACCCAAGCAAGCAUUUGUUAUUGCCGCACCUGGGGGUAAACAAGGAACUCAGGCGAAGAUUAUAUCCUCAGUACCUAAAUUAACAGUUGCUCCGAGUUCUUUAAUAGUUUCUUCAGCUGCUGGCGGAGUAAAAUCCAUAUUAUCAACAGUAUCUGCUGAUGGAAAAGCAAAAACAUCUGGUUCUUCGGUUAGUGUUUUACCACUUGGUAGUGGUGGCUUAAAUACAAUAACAACACCAUCUGGGGUAAAAAUGAUUGUUGUUUCAUCUGCUAGCUUAACAUCAGGUCAACAAGGUAUUACUAUCAUCACAACUGCCUCUACUUCAGGUUCUCAAACUCUUCAUUCUGCUGUUUCUUCUCCCAUCACUCUCACUAUGCCAACAUCGGCUCUUGGCAAUAAAGUAAGCAGUAUUACCAUCCCAGCAAAAUCAUUAACUUCACAAAAUAUUAACCAGAUUUCUAGUAAUCAGGCACCGGGUACACAGAUUUUAACUCUACCUGCACAAGGAAUUCUUCAAGCGAAACAGACUGUAAUUGGAGGACAAAAAGUCCUCACCCUACUACCAUCAUCAUCAGUCCCUGCAACCUUGGCCUCUGAUGUUAAUCCCGAAAGUGCUUCUUCUGAUAAAAUAGUUACAGAAGCUCAGCCUUCUUUAACUACUGAAAAUAAUUCUAGUCCUACUGAGUUGAAGGCUGAAGAACAAGGAAGUGAAAAUAAAAGGACUUCUGAAAAUACAUCUGACAAUAAAGAUGAACAUUGUGGUGUUGACAAUGGCAAUCUUUCCAUAACUCAAAAUACAGAUGUGAUGUCCACUCAAAAUGAAAAUGAUGAACAAACUCUUGUCCAUAAUGAAAAUAUUGAACUUAGGACUAAAUCUGUUAACAAUAUUAAUUGCGAUAAAAAUGAUGAAUCUGCCAAAAAAUCAGUUUGUGAUGAUGGGGUGCAUUGUGGAACUGAUGAUGAAAGUGACACUAUUUUAUCAAAAACCAUUAAAGUAUGUGAUGAUGGUAUUCAUUGUGGGACAGAUGAUGAAAAUGAGAAUCCAUUGAAAUCAAAUAAAGUUUGUAGUGAUGGUAUUCAUUGUGGGACUGAUGAUGAAGAUGAAAGUGUGCAAAAGGUUAAAAAAGUAUGUGAUGAUGGAAUGCAUUGUGGGACAGAUGAUGAAGAUGAAAAUCCAAGGAAGACUAAAAAGGUGUGUGAUGAUGGAAUUCAUUGUGGAACAGAUGAUGAGGAUGAAAAUCCAAGGAAGGCUAAAAAGGUGUGUGAUGAUGGAAUUCAUUGUGGGACAGAUGAUGAGGAUGAAAAUCCACAGAAGACUAAAAAGGUGUGUGAUGAUGGAAUUCAUUGUGGGACAGAUGAUGAAGAUGAAAAUCCAAGGAAGGCUAAAAAAGUGUGUGCUGAUGGAAUUCAUUGUGGAACAGAUGAUGAGGAUGAAAAUAAUGGUGAAAAAAUGGAUGUGUCCAGUUCAAAUGAGAAAAUCUGUGAUGAUAGUGAAGAAAGCAGAAGUCUAUCUGUUACUAAAGAUGACAUUUCAAAAGUUGAUUCAUCUACUGCCUUAUCAAACUCUCAGACCUCACAUAUGGUACCAUGCCAAUCAGCUCUUACUUUAGAACAACCUGGUGCUGAGCCACCUGCUCAAAUGUGUGCUGAUGAUCCACCUGUUCAAUCAGAAGAUAGUUCAUCGGAAGUUAUUGCUGCAAGUUCCUUGGCUAAAAUAGCUACUGGAAGGCAUUCUUUAGCUACUCUUGCUACUGCCGCUAUUUCAUCAGGAGGUCCUUUCUCAUCAGUAGAAAAAAAGGAGCCUAUUGAUUCAAAAAACCUGAAAUUAGAUUUAACAGCCAUUAAACAGGAUCCUUCGACACCCAUAAAAUCUGAGGAUCAGGUUAAAAAAGAAAACCAGUGGUAUGAUGUUGGCAUGUUUAAAGAAAAUUCUGUAAUAGUGGCUCAUUAUUUUUUGAAUUCAGAUUCUAUUGACAAGAAAAAUGGACAUGCUGAUGGAGUUCUAGACAAAACUAACUCAAUGAAGGUAGAUUUACAGCCUGGAACUGCCUACAAAUUUCGGGUAGCUGCUGUCAACUCUUGUGGUCGAGGACCUUGGAGCGAAGUUUCUGCAUUCAAAACUUGUCUUCCAGGUUAUCCUGGAGCACCUUCAGCCAUCAAAAUCAGCAAAAAUGUGGAUGGAGCUCACUUAUCAUGGGAGGCACCUCAAACAACAUCAGGUGAAAUAACAGAAUAUUCGGUAUACUUAGCUAUGCGAUCUGCGACCACUGGAGGAGAUAGCAAACAAACUGUUACUUCAAAUACUUCUCAACUUGCAUUUGUCCGAGUUUAUUGUGGGCCAGAACCAUCCUGUAUUGUCAGUAGUACAAAUCUAUCAUCUGCUCAUAUUGACAUGACUACUAAACCUGCUAUCAUCUUUCGCAUUGCUGCUCGAAAUGAGAAAGGCUAUGGGCCAGCCACACAAGUGAGGUGGCUUCAAGAUGGAAUGAGUAAUAACAACAAUAAGCCUCCAAACAAAAGAUCACAGCCUUCAGAUAAAAGCAAUACCAUUUCAAAAAAAGUGAAACUGGAAGAUUCUUGAAUUUUUCCUGAGAGAUACAUUUUAUAUACAGUGCAAGAAAAUGAAAGUUGUACAUUCUGUUUUCAUCAUGGGACCGAUCAUACAUAUUGUAAAUUUCUAUUCCUGUUACAUUUGCAUUUCAUUAUCAUCAUGCAUCUUGUAAUAAAAAAUUUCAUAAUUUUCCCCUCUAUUCAAGAUCAAAGAUUUUUAGAGAUGAUAAGGAAAGCAAAAAAAAAGAAAUAUUUUAUUUUAAUAUUGAAUUUAUAACCUAAACUGUUUAAUUUAUGUUCAUAUAUUUGUUUUUGAAUGAAUAUUAUAAUUUCUUUAAAUUGAGCAUGCCAUUUUAAUUUUUAUUCUGUUUUUUGUUGUACCACUUUUCAUAUUUAACUAAGCCUUUAGUUUUAAGAGCCGUCAAAUUGCCUUUUUGAAAUGUGUUAUGUAAUGUGUAUGAAAGCUUCCAUUUUCAAAUGGUGCCUUUCUUUCUUUCUUUCUCUGUUCCCUAAGCUGUUCUUCUUUACCAUAUUUUCUUGCAUUUCAUACCCGAGUGUCUUAUUAAUUUUAUAAGUCACCAAAAUUAUUUAAAAUGAAUAUGUGUAUAUAGUUUGUUUAUUUCUUAUUUUAGCUCUUUUCUUGCUGAAAUAAAAUUUUCAUAAUAAUUUAGUUCUGUUAUCUGCAUGACAGUACAGAUUAUUUUGUUUUGAAAUAUGUAUGUAUAUAUUUUUUUAAAUUUCAUUUAUGUUUUGCUUUGUUUUUAUUUGGUUCAGAUAUAGCUUUUGUGAAUAUUGUAAACUCAUUUCUUAAAAUAUAAGCAUAACUUAUAUUUUUUGAAUUUGGCAAUCAUUUCAUGCAGCUUUUAUAACUAAACCUACAAACCUUGGAAAGAUAGCAAAUAAAGGAAAGUUACUAAGAUAGGAAAUAAAGCUAUCGAUUCCUUAUUUUUUUGUGUGUUUUUAUAUGAAAUCUCGUCACCAAACGAUAAUUUCUCUUUUGAGCUGAUAGAAGAGUGGGAAAAUUCUGUAUAUACAUAAUACUCAUUAGAGCUUUCUGUUUUUUUCUUUUGCUAUUAUCUUAUGAUGUAUGAUUUUAAUAAUCAAUUUUCAUGUUUCAUAAACUGUUUAGAACUCAUCAGUUUUUAGAUUAAUUGGUGGUGUUUAAAUCACUUUGUACAUUUGAAAAAAGUUGAGCCAUAUUUGAAAUGAUGCUUCUGUCCGUUUGCUGUUCAUCGAUUGUGACUUUUUUGUGUAUUAUAAAUAAAAUGA